CGUGAGCUCGUUUCCCGCGUCUACAGAGAUCGUCGGACAACCUUUCCGUCAACCUGACAACAACGCCUACAGGCAGCUCUACUCUUCUACAUUUGCCCGAUAUCAAGUCAUUCUCACCUUCCGCCUCACCAUCAGAUCUUCCUCAACCCACAUUCCACCAUCACCCACUUGACCCAGUCACCAAAAUGGCGUCCGGAAACCCCAACGCGGACUUUCCUGCGUUCCCUCACCUUCCCAAAACUCCUUCCCUAAGCGGCGAGGAGGAUUUCGAGGUUUGGCACAAUGCACUCCUUCUUCAAAUGAGCCACUUAGAUGUCGACGACAUCAUCACCGGCGACGAGCAGGCUCCUGCCAAAACCGCCUCAAGAGAAGAUCAGAAAUGCUUCAAGAGGAAGCAGGUACUGGCGUACACCAUGCUCUCUAAUAGCAUUCAGCCGAUCAUCAGCAAGCUCCAAGCCCUCGGUUACAACGACGAGGGGCAUGCCUUGGACCCGCGGAGCCUCUACAACGCCGUGAUCAAGUGGGACAGUGAAAUCUCCGCUGAGCACAAAUUCCGACUUGUCAAGGAACUUACGGAAAUCGAUCACUCCAGCUUUCCCAACCUCCACGCAUUCCUGGACAGGGCCCUAUGGCUCCGCCGACGCCUCAGUCGUGCCCUCUUCAAGGUUUCAGACGAGCUCAUGGAUAUGUUGCUGCUGAAAGGCAUCAGUUCUUACGAUGAGGAUUGGACAAAGAUGAUUCUCCACGGCAAAACCACUGGGUCUCUCGUCGAGAACAUUGCUUCGUUGAUUGCCAAGAAGGCAACAGAGCAGGAGGCCAUGAGCGUCACUUCCAAGACCACCAACUGCACGAAAGCAACUCAGGAAAAGGGCACUCAGGCCACCUACACGAAGGCUCACCAGGAAAAUGGCACCCAGACUGAGCCGAUCCAGAACCAAACCUACAAAGAUACUUCCAACAGCAACGAUCCCCGUCCUGAUACCCCGAACACCUGGAUCCCGACCGCAGCCGACGAUGAUUCGAAGAACAUCAUGCCCUCUGACUUGACCACCACUCCGAAUGGCGUUCCACAGGGCACUACCAAGGUCGGCAGUCAGAGUACGACCACGGACGAAACCCUCAACAAUGACAAUUCACCCACCAACGCUGAUGCCAGCAACGGCAUGCCCCAGAGCGAGGUUAAUUACGGCAGCAAGAGUCCCAAUACCAACCUUACCACCCCGUCGCCUACUCCCAACGGUGCCCGGCAAAGCGGGAACAUAGUUGCCAACCCAACUACUGUCCACAAUUCUAACUCAGACGUCACCAAACCCUCAAACCCCCUGCCUUCCGGCCCUGUCACUAACACCGGCCACCAAACCAACGGCACUCCUCAGCAGCCUAGUGGGUUUAGUCCUACCAAUAACGGCAGUCCUCAAAAUGGUCCCCAUUCCGUGAAUCCCUCUAACGCUGUCCCGGAUCACAUCCUGAACCGCCAAAAACAAAUCCACGCCUGGCUCUUGGGUAACUCAUGGACCAGCGCCGAAAGCAACUCAUUGACCAACGCCAAAAACCUUCAUGCUCAGAGCGACCAGAACAGCCCGCUCCAACGUCCUGCCUCUGUGCAGCACCCUCCUCACACCAACCAAGAUGAAUUUGGCCCUGAAACUUUUGCUGCUAAUUUGAUCGCCAGGAACAACAGUACCGGUCAGUCUCAGGAUGGAAAACCCAGGCUCAGGAUUAAAAGGCGUCCGUUUGGACCGUCGGACCCCCGCCAUUGGUAAUCAGAAAGAAUCAGUAUGAGCUUGCGGCCUUGGCCGUUCAUCCAGUUGACUUUAAACUUCACUCAUGAGAACAAGGAGCAUAUGAAGUCGUGGUUUGGACAGGACAGCUCACAGCAGCGGGGAUCAGGAACCCAG